GUGUACUAACAUCGUAUAACUGACCAAUUUUAGACCUUAACCAGUCGCAAUAACGUUGAAGAGUGUUCAGGCAAUUGCGUCGACGAGACAAGUAGACUGCCUCACUUGUUCAGGCAAUUUCAGUCUCUCGCUGUGUGUCGUGGCGAGCACGCGUGUCGCCCUCCCGUCGCCGCGUCGUGAAUAAUUAAAACCCCGACCGAUAUUCUUAAGGUUACAGCCUAUUUCCACACGAAAAUCUAUUAUACUUAAAAAUUAUACUUUAAUUAACUUGUGAUUGUGUAGUGGAAACUUAUGGGCUACUGAUGUGUGUGAGCGUGCGUCGUUCGCCUGUCGAUUCGGUGUGUUAAGUAAGUUUUUUGAAGUGUUCGCGAGUGUGUACUUGUGGGUGAGCAACCUGGUAUUUAGUCUGUGGAAAGAAACGGCAUGGCAUGAGCAGUGCGGUGGGCGCGCAAUGCGGCGCGCGCCGCUCGCGCAUCCCGCCGCCCUUGCCGUUGCGCUAUCCAUAUUGCUACGACUUGUUAACGCUGGUUCAAUGGGUCCCGGGGUACCUGAGAACAUCACAGUGACUUUCCUAAACCCCACCACGGUGCGAGUGUCGUGGUCCACCACGGCGGACUUGGUGGAGAAGUAUGACGUCACGUAUAAGCCUUCUGACGCGAGUUACAGAGUGGUUCUGGAGGUGGCCGGGAACUCAGACGCGGUCAUCUUGAGCGGACUGGAGGCUGACACGCAGUAUCAGGUCACCGUCGCCGCGUUGUGGGGUGGCCACAAGUAUAGAAGUAGACCUAUUGUCUUCCGCACGCUGGAGCCGCCGCGGACAUCACCGCAGCAGGACGGGGGGUUGGCUGGCACGGCGAGGUCUUCGGUGGCCCCGCCCGACCCCUCACCAACCUUCCCUACGAUACGAGGGGUAGAGAUCGGCAUAGUAGUGCUGGUCCUUCUGGUGUGGAUCGGCGCCAUUGCACUGUUCUUCAACCGCUGGGGCAAGAUACGCAUGCUUCUGCCGUAUCAGCCCGACUAUAAGCAGGAGCAGUUGAAGGUGCCCGGCAGCAGCGCGCUGGCAGCGGCGGCGGCAGGCGGGCAGUGUGCCCAUUCUGCACCAUCGGCCUGUUCGCACAUGCGUUGGUCGCACACUCACACGCAGAGUUUGGAGUGUGAGGAGCGUCUGCUGGCGCGCUGCAGUCGGCCUCGGGUCAACUCGGCUAUCUUCGUGUCGGCCGAGCCUGCGGGCUUCGCUGGCUUUGAUGCGAGCGAGUUCUUGAGGAGGCACGGCUCGCAGUCCAAAUUGUGUCGGAAGGCUAGAUCCGCCGACAACAUCCCUCUAACAUCAAUGAGUGACUCAUCAGAACGCCUUUGCAAAGCCAAGGCGCCCCGCGAAGAAACCAUCAGCGAGGAAGCAAAAUCCGAUGACACAGGCAGCGUAGAAACUGUCAAACACUUCGGCUUGCCCAUCCUCUCCGUCUCCGGACCCUCACCUCCCGAUGAAGACUACGACCAGAUAGAUGAGUAUCUGUAGCAUUUCCACACCAGCUUCCAGCUCAAAUAUGUGCUGGAAAAGCUGAGGCCACCCUGGCCUAGCCCCGCACAAAGUCCUUGAGACUUCUGCACUGGACUUCUUGUGUUUCGUUUUGUGAUAGCUGCCUUUAGACGGACGGAUUGUCUAGUGGGACCAUAGUCUUUAGUAUGGUGCGUGUUUCCAGUUUUUAUCCUGUGGUAUUUUCCCCUCCUUUACAUUGUAUUUAUUGUACCUAUCCAAUGUGUGUUUAACAUAAGUAAAACGAUUUUAAUGUUCACUUUAAAUAUUAUAGGGUAGACUAAUUCGAAUUUUAAAAUAAUUGUAAUGAUGUCAGUGUAGUAAGUAAUAUAACGAGGUUUAUAAUUUAAGGGCGGUGCAAUGUUGCGCCCCGGGCGCGGCUAGGGUUUGUACGACGGAUCCGAAAUGUAUGGGAAGAUCCGCGGAUCCGGAUCCAGAUCCGGAUAAUUUCAUACAUUUCGGAUCCGGAUUGCAAACCCUAGGCGCGGCAUAUGAAAUGACGCAACUAUGCUCUUUGUGGUAAAAUUUCAAGUCUCUCUGGGACCUGUUUGUAAAAUAUGUCAAAUACCCUAUUUUAGAUAAGGAAUGCACAAUAAUUACUAUUAAAUAAUAUUACUAUUAACUAACAGUGCCACUCUAAAUUUAAUUGCAUGUGAAAACAUGUAAGUAUAUAACGAUUUAUAAGCAAUUUUGGUGUAAGCUGUUUGUACUGUACGCUUUGUAAAUAGCUUUAGUUCUUAUUUAUUUUAUGGGCUAUCAUUUUAUUUGUCGUUGAUUUUUUUCGUCAGAUUUUGAUAAAAUUUGGUAAACUAUAAGUCCUCAUUCUGCGCGGAAUGAACAAAAAAAUGUACCUAUGCAAUUUUUUGUUGAGUUACCAUAGGAUUUUUGUAACUCAUAGGAAGAGUUGUUGGUGAAAUAGCGCGUAUAUUGUUAUGUACAGGAUAGUAAACUCUAUUUAUUCACCAAAUUUUAACAUUAUCCGGCGAAAAAACUUAACAACAAGGAAACAAAUUGCCCUUAUUUUUUAGAACACUGUAAAAAAUGUAGUAUUCAUUGUACUAAAAUCUGGCUUGCAUCGUAUUUACGGAAUAUGAGAAUAAAUUACGUCUUAUUAGAAACUUAGGGAUAUACAGAUGUAGUGCAUAAUUGUUUUCCAUCGUAUUUUCUCGGAAACGAUCGUAUUUGUCACGCUACUUCAGAGAACCUCAGUACUUUUUGUACCGAGACUGACUGAAAUAGCAAGACAGGUUCGUAGGUUUCCGUGAAAAUACGAUGGAAAAUAACUAUGCGCUAAAUCUGUAGAUGAUUUGAAGGUUGAACUUUGGUCCAAAGAAAUGUAUUAUCUGCACAUGACUGUGUUUUAGAAUGUAAGAAAUACUUUUUUGAUUGUAAGGAGAACAGCGAGGUGGUUUUACCCCUGGAAGGGCUAGGAUAAGAACUGAUGUGACCUUUGGUUUUGAACUGUAAGGUCACGUUUCAAUUAGCGUAUUUUAACAUCAAGGGGUUAGGGUGAUGUAGGAAAAUAUUUUAUCAAAUGACUUUAAAUUAAAUAUUUAAUUAAAGUAAGAAACAAUUGAUACGGUUUUAUGCUAGAAAUAAAGUAUGGACAUUUCAAUACGUAACUAUGAUAUAAAUAACUCAUUCAUGAGUUAUUUUUGUGAUAUCAUUAACUCAUUCAUGAGGUUAUAUAUGAUAUAAAUAACUCAUCCAUGAUUUAUGUUAUACGUAUUGAAAUAAAUAACUCAUACUGACCCCCGUUCUGAGUCAUGGCUUGUCCAACAGGUCUCCAUCGCCAUACAGCGGGGUAACGCUGCUAGUGUGAUGGGGACCUUCGGACCCGGCAUGGCUCAGAACGGGUGUUAGUUUCUUAAGUUUUAUACAUAUGCAUGUAUACAUAAUAUGUAAAAUAUUUUGAACAAAUAAAAAUAUUUUAUUGUAAAAAAAAACUCAUACUUAUUUAAGAAAAUAAGAUUUAAUUUAGGUACUUUAAUUUUAUUUAUUGAAUAAUUUAUAAAUGUGUCAUUUGAUAAGGUAUUAUCCUAAAUAUGAGAAAUGACGGAAAUUAGGAAAGUUACAAAAUGGUGUAGCAGAUGUUUUUAAAAAUGUAAAUUUAAAUUUGUAAUUUUCGAUUCACUCCGUAGACAGUUUACAUAAUUAUUUUUAUACAAUUAAAAGAAUAUAAAUAUACAUUUUUCAAAAGAAUUCGCCAUGUCAAUUAACUAUUCUUUGAACAAUGCCUAGUAGUGAAUUUAUCAAUUAAUGAAAUUUAUCACAGCGAGUAUAAUGUAAGGCGGUGUUCAUACUGGCACAGAGCGGACACGCAUGUGAGAACGGCACAUCUGUACACGUCUCAUAUGUCAUUAUGUAAGUUGCUUAAAAAUCGAACUGAGCGUUCGCCAAAAGCUCGUCAAUCUGCUGUCGCGGGGCGAGGUAAUUCAAAUCGGGGCGGGGCGGUGCGUGCCCGUUCUGUAUAUUAAUAUGUACUAUUAUGUAUUCUGUGCCUCUGGUGCUGGGAGCGUCAGUGUGACAACCGCGCAAAACACUUAAUUAGAAUUAAAUAUCUUGAAGAUAUAUGAACGAAAUACUGGUGUUAGGGGACCAGGGGACGAGACAUGUCAAUGCUAGCCUUACAAAAUAAGCCCUUUCCAUUCAAUGUACGUUUUACCUGUACCAGGGAAAUUUGAAAAAAGUGAUCCUUUUAUCAGAAAAAAAAACAGCUCAAAAAUAGGAGAUUAAUAUCAGUUCUUAUGCGAUGCUCGAAGUGUUGCAUUUUCUUCUAAAACAUUACGAUAUUUUUGUUGGGUAUUUCUAAAGGGGCCCACUGAUUACCAGUUCGCCGGACGAUAUCUGCCUGUCAAACGCAAAAUUGGACAGCUCCAAACAACUGACAGACGAUACUUAUCGUCCGGCUAACUGGUAAUCUGCGAGCCCCUUUUAGAGAUGAGAGUGAUUUUUGAGUGUUCUUUAAAAGGUCUCCCUAAGAUGAUUCGAUUCCAUACAUUUGUGAAAAUCAAAGUAUCAAAAGGUCGGUAGUGGUUAUUUAACCUUCUCCUAAUUCUAAGAAGUCUAAAACUAAAAAAUUGAAAAGUUCACUUUUUUCAACAUUCCCCACGAACCUAAUUUUAAGCUAAGACUAUAAUAUUCCCUCCACUUGACUAUUAUAGAAUUUACCCUCAAUUUUAGAUAGAUUGUGUGUCACAAACGUAGGUGAAAUUCAGAUCUCUGAUUUGACCUAAAUAAAAUGAGGUCAUAAUAAAAAUGCAGUUCAAGAAUAUCUUUAAUUAUAUUUCCUUAAUAAAACUGAUCUGACGAAUAAUAAAACUUAAAAUCCAUUGUCAUAAAAAUCAGUUGGCAUCUAGGUAGGUUCGAAUUGUCUUGUGCCAAUUUUAUUUUAUUCUAUCUUCGUUUAUUUAAAAAAUAAACUAAAAGGUACGUCCACACUGAGGUGUUCUCUCAUGUUUUUGUCUUUAAGCACUAAAUUUGAAUGUCAGGUAGGGUGGUAAAGGGUUAUGAAAUCUGUAUGCCUUUGCGGAGUGCAUAUGAGAAAAACAUAUUUUUGACCGCCGCUUAAAGUAAAAAAAACCUGUAGCAGGUUAUUUCAUCAUAAAAAAUAAAACGUUAUCUAGGGCAAAAUAUAUUGAUCCUGUGGACACCAUGCUUAAUAUGCGCGGCGCAUCUUUGGGAACCCUGUAUACACGAAGGUAGAGUCUGUGCGAAAAGAGAAGAGUCGUAGAAUGUAUUGGAUCCCAUACAUUUCACGACUCUUCUCUUUCCGCACAGACUCUAUUGAGCUGUAGCCGCGUAUAUCACUUGACAUCUAAACUUCAUUAGGGGCCCGAUUCGGAUUUUUAAAUAGACAUCUAUUAGACAUCUUUUAGACAUCACCAAGAUACGAUAACGAUAUGUUUAAGAUCUAACCUGUCAAAUUUGACAUUUGCGCGAUUCUGAAGAUACUCUUGAACGAUUUCCACAGGAUAUGACUUAGAGAUCCAAUUCACAUCUAAUAGAUAUCUUACUCUAUCCAACGUAAAAGUGAUAUUGGUUGCCCGAAUUGCGCUGGAAAAGAGAACUAGUUGAUAUCUAAACUAUAACGUAUCUAGAAUGGAUCUAGUACGUGUCGUCUCAUGUGAAUAUCUUGAAGUUCGAAGAUAUGUUUGUGUACAUUUUGAGCAUGAUAAUACACCGGUGUGGACGUGUCUAUUGUAAUAAAAUCUUAUUCGAAUAUUAAUAUUUAUACUUAGACUUAAUUAUAAAAUGAUUUGUAGAUUCCUUAUUCUUUAGUGGAUAAAUUUGGCGUGAGAGAAGAAUACUUUAGUAUGUAUUGAAUAUCAGUCACCGUUUUCACAUUGUAUUUUAGUAUAGCUUUUACAAGGAUUAUACCUACCUAUCGCUAAAAUAGAUUUAUUAAUGAAGUUGUACAUAUCUAUAAAGAACACUAUAAAUUAUAUUAAUGCUCAUAAGUGUAAUGUAAAUUUAUUAAAUAUACUGUAAAAAUAUUAUUUACAUCCUUACGUCUAUUUACUAUCACGAUCCAAUAAAGUAUGAAAUUCUU